AUGCUAAAUAUGGACGACCCGAUCUCGGCCAAUCCUGGUCAUGCCGCGGAUUUGUUGUGGAAGCAUCAGCUUCGUCAAGAGCAUGCCGCUGCGAUGAAAAUGAUCCAAGACCUUGAAAACAGGCAAUCUCUCGUCCAGCAGAAGUUUAUAGAGAUGGAAGCAGACCUUUUCAAAAUGAAAUCGGAACUGGAACGGAAGAUCGAAGAUGAUACGAAGCAAUUUACGGAAUUGCAAACACAACUUAUGAAUUUGAUGCAGAGCCAAUUUCCACAAGUUUCAAAAGAGGAAUAUGAGCGUAUGAUACAAGAACGCCUUCGCCAUGAAAAGGACUUGGAAACCGAGCACAUUUCGGUGACACAAGAGAAUGUUGAAAAGCCAACGGAUAUUCCAACGCCUGUGCUAGAACCUGAACACACUGGACCUUUACCAACCAACCCUCCUAACCCAUCUCGACGAGUGUCUAACAGGCCAGUUCUCACUGCUAUCAAACGUCCCAGCACACGGCAGUCGCAGCGGGAUGAAGUUACAACCAGUACCACAGCGUCAAGAGAAAAACUCCCUUCGGCUUCAAAAGCCCAAACCACUACGGCCACUAUGAAAACACAUCCGAAUAAUGGGCCACAACCAAAAUCAGUAUCACUCUCUCAAAAACACCGCAGUAUGGAAGUCUAUGUCAAGCACGCUGACGGCUUAUACAAUUCAUGCGGUGAUCUGGAUCGAGAGACAGAGAUCAGCUUUGUCAACCGCUUCAUUCGAGGGAUAAACUCUCAGAAAAAUGCUAAAGGUUUAAUAGAAGCAUUGGAAAUGGCUUUUCACCGGUCUCGGACGAACUCUAAGGGGCAAGUAGAAGUUCUAUGCAAAUGGGAAGAUGUCAAGCGCGCUCUCGUCGAAGCCGGGAUUACCAAGAACAUACAUAAGCGACAGAAGAUCAGUUGA